GUCGGUGCCAGCGUGGGUCGCGGUGUCUCCUGCCCUUCGGCUGUCGGGCGCUUGCUCUCUUUUCUUCUGCUCAGCGCCGGCCCCUUCCUUCCGCACGCGGUUUGAAAUUUACCGCAGUCUCUCACUCGAGUUCUCGAUGGGGCCAUAAGCGCCUGGCGCCGAAGGGGAGGAGGCAAGAGUGCGGGGCGGGGAAGAGGAAGGCGGCCUGGAGCCGAGCGGCUUGUCUGCCUGCAGCUCCGGUUCUCCCAACCCCUCACGGGGAACGGGAGUGAGGGAAGGAAGGAGCCUGAAGUGAUUCCGGGAUCCACGGGCCCCUCACACCCCUGGAAACGGUGGAGGGAAGAGUGGAACAAUUGCCCCCUCCCUCCUGAAGCGUCCCGGUUCUGCGGCAGGCUGGCCCGCAGAUUCAGAGAAUAAAAAUGGGAACUCCUGGAUCAGGACGGAAGAGAACUCCAGUGAAAGACAGAUUUUCUGCAGAAGAUGAAGCUCUAAGCAACAUUGCCAGAGAGGCAGAAGCCAGACUUGCAGCAAAACGGGCAGCUCGAGCAGAAGCAAGAGAUAUACGUAUGAGAGAGCUGGAGCGACAGCAAAAAGAGUUUUCUCAGCAUUUAUAUGAUAGAAAAUGGGCUCAUAUCCAGAAAUGGAUGGAAGAUGCAGAGAGAGCCAGAUACUCUCACCAGUCCAGUCGACAUUCACAUUUGAGUGGAAUUUACUAUGAUCAAAGAAAUUAUAGCAGCCUUGGAUAUAGUAAACCAGUUCCUUCCUCCCAUGUUUGGUCAUCUUCUCUAUACAGUGAUCCAAUGGCACCAGCUAGGAGCUACAGGCCAUCUGAAUGCAGUUAUUCUUCAAGAGCAAGCUCAGUCCGAAGUAGUCCUGUGUUCUCUGAUUUUUCUCAUCAAAGUGAAACUACUGCUGAUUAUUUCAGUCGUUCCAACCACAGGGGAAGCAUUGUUUCCGAUGCAGAUUAUGGCCAAGUUUUGAAUAGUCUGGAAGAAAAAAGUGAAAAAUCACAUUCAGAAAUAUUUUCAAGGCCCUCAUCUCGCAAUUCAGUAAGUGCAGCUCCUCAGAGUGGCAGCUCAUCUAGGAGAGGAAGUGGAGAUGCGAGUAGUUUGGUGGAUCCUGAUGCCUCCCUCAGUGAAUUACGGGAUUCGCUAGCUGAAGUUGAAGAGAAGUAUAAGAAAGCUAUGGUUUCCAAUGCUCAACUAGACAACGAGAAAAACAAUUUGAUUUACCAAGUGGAUACUUUAAAGGAUGUUAUUGAGGAGAAAGAAGAACAGAUAGCAGAGUUCUAUAGGGAGAAUGAAGAGAAGUCAAAGGAAUUGGAAAGACAGAAACACACCUGCAGUGUUCUGCAGCAUAAGCUGGAUGAACUUAAAGAGGGCCUUCGACAGAGAGAUGAAUUGAUAGAGGCGAAUCAACGUAUGCAGGAGAAUAUAGACUCCAUAACCAAGGAAGUGUUUGAUCUCCAGGAGACAAUUAAUUGGAAAGAUAAAAAAAUAGGGGCCCUAGAAAGACAGAAAGAUUACUUUGACUGCAUUAAGAAUGAGCGAGAUGAGCUCAGAGAGGAGUUGGCUGACCUGAAGGAAACAAUGAAGAGAGGACAGAAACAUGGAUUAGUUAUAAUUCCAGAUGGCACACCAAAUGGUGAUCUAAACCAUGAAUCAGUGGUUGGUACAAUAACAGUUGUAUCCCAGGAAGCUGCUCAGGUCUUGGAAUCUGCAGGAGAAGGACCACUAGAUAUCAGGCUACGAAAACUGGCUGGAGAAAAGGAGGAAUUACUCUCCCAGGUUAGAAAACUGAAGAUGCAGUUAGAAGAGGAACGACAGAAAUACUCUAAAAGUGAUAGCAUGAAUCCAGAUACAAUAGACUUGGAGAAUGGCUCUGACUUGCAGCUAAUUGAAAUGCAAAGAGAUGCCAACAGACAAAUUAGUGAAUACAAAUUUAAGCUUUCAAAAGCUGAACAAGAUAUAACUACUUUGGAACAAAAUAUUGGACGACUUGAGGGACAGGUUGCAAGGUAUAAAAGUGCAGCAGAAAAUGCAGAAAAAGUAGAAGAUGAACUCAAAGCUGAAAAAAGGAAGCUUCAGCGAGAGUUAAGAACAGCACUGGAUAAGAUAGAAGAAAUGGAGAUGACCAAUAGCCAUUUAAUGAAAAGGCUGGAGAAGAUGAAGGCAAAUAGGACUGCGCUUUUAUCUCAACAGUGAAAUGGAAAUUGAAAAUACAAUGCACUGCUCCUUGAAUAACUAGUCCCUAGCUUGUUUAUAAAUACAGACUUUCAGUGGCACAAACUAUUUGAACACUGAGCUGUUCACUGGUGGUUUAGUUUCAUAAUUAAAUGACAUACUUUUUGUAAUUUAUGAGAGAAUGAAAUGUAGUUUGAAUUCCCAUGUGAAUGACAGCAGUUUUUCAGUAGUGUUUGAUUCUAGAGUCAAAGACGGAGCACAAUGCUGUAUGUUUUUACAACUGUGGAAUCAAGUUUACUCAUGAUCUCUUUUGGCUGCUUUAAUGAUGCUUGAUGCUCAGAGACAGCUGCAUGAAUUCAAGACACUGUUAUGAAACUAACAUAUACUUGCCUAAGACAUCACACAGCACAAGUGCCUUUUAUCUGGUGCAAUUUAGUCUUCAUUGUUGAAAUAACCUUUGAAACCAGAAAGCAUUUUAUUUUAAGAUACAUUUGGGGUAUUCCCUAAACUUUAUACAUUUUGAAAAUACAUUUUUUAAAAUAUUUAAAUUUAUAAGAAAAAAUAGGGACUGUAUAUAGAGAUCGGCUUCUUUUGCAUGGGCACAUCUGACUUCUGUGUAAUUUUGUCAAAUACUAGCCCCUGAUACUCUUAGCAUUAAGAGCAGAAAUUUAAGAACUGAAGUUGUAUGCCAUCAGAUUGUGUCAUCUGCUUAAGUGUGAAUUGAAAUUUUAUAGGGGGAAGAAGGGGGUGAGAAAUGUGGCUAAGGAGUUUAUUAAACGGACACUUUACUGACCAAAA